CGGUAUAGUUCAGUUUUGUUAUUUUGUUUGUCUGUUUAGCUAUCCGUUGCGGUAAAAAAUGAAGUAUUCUUUGUUUGCCUUACUAAUUCUGGUGAUGGCAAUUAUGAGCCGUGAAAAUGUCGAAGUGAAAUAUAUAUACGAAUGGAAAUAUGCUGCUUAUGCGUGGCAAAGUCAAGAGCAAAUGGAAGUCGCGGUAGCUUCUGGAAAUUACAACCCUAAAAAGUGCUUAUUAUACGAUGCAUCCAAAGCAGACGAUGGUAGAGUAUUCAUUACUAUACCGAGAGAAAUGGGCCCUGGUUCACCUGCUACUUUGGCAACAGUAACUGAUGUAAUGGGAACAGGAGGUCCACUUUUAAGUCCAUAUCCAAAUUGGAGUUGGCAUACUAGUAGGUGUAUGUGCGAUGGUAUUGUAAAUGUUCACCGAACGCAUAUUCGAUGCAAUCAUCUUUUUGUUCUGGAUAACGGCAAAAUUGGACUCGAUCAAAUUUGUGAUCCAAAAUUAUUGAUUUUCAAUUUAGAAGAUGAUACGUUAAUUAAAACUAUUCACAUUCCAAUUGAGCUCGCCACUAAUCAAACGGGUUUUGGAUUAUUGGUAACGCCUUUAGUUUAUGUUCCCGGAAACUGCUCACGAUUCUUGGAUGAAAUGAUUGUAUUUAUAGCUGACAUGCAAGGUUCCGGUUUAGUGGUGUAUGACGCAUCUACAAAGCGUAUGUGCAGAGUUGAAUCUGAUUACAUGAAACCGACUUCUACUUUUGUUUCCGUAGCAAAUGAAAAUUUUACUUAUGUAGGCGGUAUCUUUAGUAUGACAAUCAUUUACGAUGACUUAUAUUAUGGUGCUGUAUCGGGAAAGGAAAUCUAUAAGAUAAAAAUGAAGACGCUAUUAGAAUGUCCAAAUAAAGAACAGGCUAAUAAACAAAGUAAAGUCGUGAUUAAAUUAUCAAGCCUAUCAGGACAGAUAGCAUCAACGGGACAUGCAAUACUUUAUAGCGAUUCUUUGACAAUGUCUAUUUUAGGCACGAACGUUUGUACGAAAUCCAAUAAGAACACGGUGGUACUCGCACAAGACUUUGAAAAAUUGCAAACUGUAUGUUCGCUGAAAGUUUCAUAUUUUUUCAAUGAGGUAACGGGUCUAUCAAAUAGAUUUCAGCGUCAGGUUCUUGGUACCAUGGAUAUAUAUGAAAUAAAUUUCCGCUAUUUCACAAUGAAUUUAUCAGAAGUACAGAAUAAAAUUUUUAAAAGUGUAAAAGGAGAUAUGAUUUCUCCAACCACUACUAACGAUAACUUUUGGGUAUCAUGGUUACUUAACGUAUUGAACGAAUAUUUUUACAUAUAUGUAUGAUUUAAAUUUACAUAUACAAUAUGUAUUAUAUGUAUAAGUCUUACAUACAUAAUGCUACUACAAACAA